GAAGCCUGUAGGGACAGUCGAUCUCCUCAUGGAGCAAGGAGAAGCAGGUGAAACAAUGCUUCUCAAUCUUCAUAUAUUCGAAUUCCACCUCUGUGAUAUCAUCCGUAGGGAGCUCGAUCUCCAUCUUCAUUAUCAGCGGUUGAAGACCAUUCACCUCUACCCAAAUCUUUGCAUCUUUUUCAUCUCUGAAGGAAUAAUUCCCAAGCUCUUUUCCAAUAGUGCGAAUGGUUUGUUCUGACCAGAAGUGGAGAGGAAUACCAUGUAUCCUGACAUUAAAGGAGAUGUUGGAUGGGAACUGGUCAGACACCGUAGGUUCCCAUCGUUGUAAUAUCAACAUCCAGCGUUUGUAAUGAUAAGGUCUUUCUCUAGCACCUGGGUGAGUUCCGAAUUAACAGAAUCUUUUAAAACAAGAAUUAGAGAAUCUAGAGCUAAAUUCUGAGCCGAGGCUAAUCUUCGUUUCUCCUUAUUUCUUUUUGCCGCGGUAUAAGCCAAAUAUUACUGUUUGACAAAAAAAAAAAGAAGCCAAAUAUUACUCCAUAUCAUAUCUUAUAAUUUGAAUAUAUAACUAUACUUUACUCUCUUAGAAACUCGACACAUGCUGUAUAUCAUUUCUUGGAGACUAACAAAAUACAACCUUCAAGUUAAAUCAUAAAUCUCAUAUCUUUUUUUUCUCACCAUUUCUCUUAAUUAUACAUCUCUCUCUCUCUCUCUCUCUCUCUCUCUCUCUCUCUCUCUCUCUCUCUCUCUCUCUCUCCAUGAGCUCUCUUGCUUCUUCAUCAUAUAUUUCAUCUACAAGGCCAUGAAGAAACACCCUAAACCGUGUAGUUUCCUUUUCCACAUCUCUAUACUCUCUGUGCUAUUCGUCUUUCUUCUUGUUUCUUUUGCAUAUACGACCUCGUACAAGCGUAAAGCCGGCACUGGUCUCGGCCAUAAGAGAAUUCUAGCAAGUAAUUUUGAUUUUACUCCGUUUUUCAAGAACACAGAUCGUACUCAACGUCUGCGUAGAAGCUCGGCCGAAAAGGAAACUAAUUCUUGGUAUAAUGAUGAGAACCGGAUCGUACCUAGCGGUCCAAACCCUCUGCAUCACUAGCUAAAAAGGGUUUUAAGUUUGAUUUAUUUCAAUAGAUUUUGUUGUUUUUUGAAUAAUAUAUGUAACCAUUAUAUUUGUGUAUGGUUUCUUAGUUUUCAAAAUGAGGCUCGUUAUCGUCUAUCAAUAGAUUUAGUUUUUUUUUUGUAAACUAGUUAAAGAUCUCUCUGCUAUCCUACUACUGUUUCUUAAGAUAUUCACUGAAUGUAAGCAAUUUAUAUUUUUCUUUUUUGUUAUAAUCUGAAAUUGAUUGGUUAUAAAAUAAUAUUUUUGUACUUUUCCUAGUUUUUUAUUUUAUUGUGAAAUUGAAACUAGUUUCUUUACGAAAGAUACUACUUUCUGAUAGUAAAGUUUUAUGAUAUUAAUACGUAAGAAAAUAUUAUCGUACUGUAUUUGAUCAAAAAUAAUAAUAUUAUCGUACUAUAUAAAAUGAGAUAUGUGAGUGAUAUAGCUCAAUAUAAGUUAUUUAAUGUUUUUGUUUGGAACUUUUUUUCUUUAAGAUGUUUAGAAUGGCAUCUAGUUGGUAUUGACAUUUAAUUUGUAUAUAGAGAAAACAAUGCCACAUUUGUAAAUCAUGGACCUAAGUAAUCGAUCUUUCCAAAUGUCAACAAAAAGGUUGUGUUUGUUCACUAGCCAUUCAAUUAAAUAUAGCGCCACAAAUAAAGGCGAGUGCAUGUCUUGUUUGAAUGGUAUGUGGUUCGAUUGGAUAGCCGCUUCAAGAAUCAGAUAUAUCUUAAAUUUUUACCCAAAAAGAUAUAUAUCUUAAAUCCAAAUAGUAUCAUCGUGGAGUCGUCGGAAGACUCGAAACGGGAUCUUUGUAUCUGUUAACGCUAGUGAAUAUUAUUAGACUCAUAGUGUUCCACGUCGGUUAGUUGGAAUUUUUUUUUAGUAAUAUAUAAAAUAGAUAGGUCAUUCUUUUUAUCACAAAUUGAUUUUAGAUUAGAAGCUCAUCUAGCUUAAUAUGAUAUCAGGAUCCGAUCCAUGCAGUCCAACCCGAUCCACAUCGAUCUGGUCCAAAGUCGGUCCAUCAAU